CUAGCGGAGGUAUUUUACUUCAACGAGUUCCAAUUUCUGUUGUUAAAGACGUUUUUCCUGAUUCUAUUGUUUACAUUGUUAUUGAUUUUUAUUUCGUGGCGAGUGUACGGUAAUCGUAUCUCCGAAAGGUUCAUGAAACCAGCAACAUCAGCCACAAUAGAGCAACUGAAAGAAAGUGUGUCAAAAUUAAAACUCCCUAAAGAGCACACACCAAGAAUCUAAACAAGAUGGCCGAUCGAAUAAAGAAAUUCUUUCAAAAAAAGAAGGUUGAUGCCAAAUUCAAAAUGGCGGGGCCUGGCCAUAAAUUGAGCGAGUCUACAUUAAGUAGUCAGAGUUCUAAUGUGUCCAAGAAGGAUGCACCUGUAAAGAGGUCGGGAUUGUCGGAAGAAAGUAAGGUGGCUGCGGAAGCUGCUCUGCAGAGGUUGCAGUCGAAGAGGGAAAAUCCAUCUUUUAAUACUUCUUUGGCUGCUAUACAGGCACAAGUAAAAAAAGAGUUAGAAAACGAGCGAGCUAACGAGGCGGCGGCCGCGUCGGCUUCUAAAGCACCACCAUCAGAACAACCGAGGCGGGAGACAGUCGAAGACUUGCCUAGGAACUAUGCAGCUAGUGGGGUUUAUUUCAAAUGUCCACUCAUAAGCAACGAUAUACUCCCCCGGGACGAAUGGAAGAAGAAUAUCAAGACGUUUCUGUAUGAGCAGCUCGAAGAAGAGAGGGGGCUUACGGCCUGUCUUAUCAUACAGUCUUGUAACAACAAUAGGGAAAAGAUUGACACGUGUGUAGAAACACUGUGCAAGUACUUAGAGAACAUUAUAACACAUCCUGAGGAUGAGAAGUUUCAGAAAAUUAGGAUGAGCAAUAGAGCAUUCACAGAGCGCGUACAACCUAUAGAAGGAUCAAUGGAGUUGCUGAUAGCGGCCGGCUUCGAACAACAGAGAGUGACCAACGCAGACGGAGUGGAGGAGGACUACCUAGUGUUCCAGAAGGAAAAUGUGCCUACUGUUGAGAGUUUAGUGAAUCUAAUAGAAGCGCUUCGCACAGCGGAACCAAUACAAUUAGAAUUGGAUAGGAACCUGCAAGUGUUACUGCCUUCACAAGCGGCUAAUAAGGUGCAACUGCCGCCCUCGUUCUAUGCGUUAUCACCUGAGGAGAUUAAGAGGGAACAACAGUUAAGAGCCGAAGCAAUAGAAAGGAGUCAGAUGCUCAGAACUAAAGCGAUGAGAGAGAAGGAUGAGAUCAGAGAGAUGCGUAAAUAUAAGUUCGCUAUCAUCAGGGUACGCUUCCCAGAUGGGAUUUUGUUACAGGGUACAUUCUCAGUGUACGAACGCUACACGGAGAUACACGAGUUCGUCCGAGAAAACCUCGAACACGAUCUUCCCUUCGUGCUCAACACUCCCACAGGUCAUAAGCUAAUACCCGACGAAGACGCAAAUAAGACCCUUAUUGACCUACGAAUCGUACCAGCCACAAUACUCACUUUCGCUUGGCACUCUUCAGUCGCCGAACAAAUACACAACAGCCCAAAUAAAGAUGUCUUUUUGAAGCCAGAAGUCAUGGUUUUGGUGCAAGAAGUGUAAGGUAUAUUGUUAUUGAUGAUCCAAGGCUUUGAGACAAAAUGGCCCCUUUGAAGUCACAGAUUGGGUAACUAAUGGAGAUCUCAAAUGCAAAGCGAAAAAUACUUGAAAUCGUCUAACUUAUAAAAUUACUAACUUUUUAAUCUUGAUUAAUUUAUUUUAAGCAACUGCUGGGCCAUUUUGUACUAAAGCCUUUUUGUUGUAUGCAAAGAGUUUUAAUUUAAGUACCCUUAAUAAAACGACUGUUGACUUAUUGAUGUUUAAAACUUGUAGUUCUAUGGCUGAUUAUUUGGCUCAAAGUCAAUGUUGAGAGUAAUUAACAAAUGAAUUAUCAGUUUCUGAGGUUUCGUUUUAGUUUACCUUACAAGCAUUUUUGUGAUCAUAAAGUGUUCUAUACCAAUUGCCACUACUUCUUUUGACACAGUGUAACCUGUAUGGUACUUUCUGAUCAAUAUACGGCUAUUAAACGGCUAUUAAACCAAAUACAUACAUAGUAUAUCUUAUUCUGUUAUAUGCUUAGACACUGGUGCUCUCUUUCAACAGUAACAUGCAUUAAGGAAAUUCAAAGUGAUUUUUGUGGAAAUCGAACUUAAAAUACCAUUGACCGUCUAUUUUUAUACUUAUUGCAUACUUCAUUUGUUAAUUACUCCGUGCCACAAGCCGUAGAACUAUAGAGUAGGUCCUCUUCUGUAUGAAGCAUUAUAUCCUAGAUUCGAGUUAGUGAGAGUAUUGGUAAUGUACAUUGCAUUUGCAUCAUUAGUUCUUUAUGAUUACAUGCUGACUUUUGAGAAAAAAAUAAUUUGAAUUAUUACAUUUUUUAAGUACCUAUCAUGUCAUUGAACAUCCUUGGCAGUCGUUACGGGUAGUCAGAAAGUCUGACCAAGGGGUAUUGGGUUGCCUACUGGGUUGAGGGGGUCAGAUAGGGCAGUCGCUCUUUGUAAAGCACUGGUACUCAGCUACAUCCGGUUAGACUGGAAGCCGACCCCAACAUAGUUGGGAAAACGGCUCGGAAGAUGGAAGAUGAUGUACAUACUACAAUUAUAAUAACAAUAAAUAAAAAUCUAACCACCGCGAAAAUACAGUUUUAGAUAACAUCAAGUAUUUUAUGUUCAACUAUAUAGCGACAAAAUAUACCUUUACCUCAUAUAAUUUAAAAUGCUAUUUAACCAACUACCCAAGAAAGAGGUUUGUAUGUUUUUAAGUACAUGUAUGUUUUAAAAGUCAGUAUGUAUAUCAGAUCUUAUGUCGCACUAUAUCCAGACAUAUUCUUGAAAAAAAGCCUGAUUCAAUGUGAAACUUGUGAUAAGCGAACUGAAAGUUGCAUAUUUAUGUAUGUGUAUGUAAUUGAAAAUUAUUUAAAUAAAUGUAUUGUAAAUUAUGGAAUA